AUGCGUGAAAUCACCAAAGAUUUUCGUACAAAAGCAAUGACAUUAUAUAUACAAUCAUCAGUUCGUGAACAAGAAUUAUUAAAAAGAGAAAUCGAUCCUAGUCGAGAGCGAUAUAGACAAAAGAAACGAAAAUAUCAACAUCUCAACUAUAAUUCGAAACCUGGGCGACAAUUUUCGCUUGCACCAGGAAUAAUAAAUCAAGGAAAUAUUCAAUUAUCUGAAGAAGAACAUGAAUUACUUCGAUUAGGUCCAAGAUUUAUAUUUGGUGAUCCAAAAACAGCAUCAAGAAGACGUACAACUGAAUUAGCGACCUUUAAACGUAAAAUAGAAACACGUUUUUCAGAAAAGGGUAUUAAUCCUGGUCGUCCAGUUGAACAAUUUAUUGCUGAACUAGAUGUUCUUCUUCAGAAACUAUAUAAUGUACCAAUAUCAAGACAAACUAAAAAUAUUAUUCCAAGAACUGCACAUGAUAUAAAUAUUGAUCAAAUAAUAGAAAAUCAGUUAUCCCAAUCACAAAAUAAAAAGAGAAAUUUACCAAAAAAUUCACUUAAAAAGAAAAAUUAUCAUCGUUUAAUUAAAAGAUUAAAAUAUAGAAUGAAAAUUGCUAAUACUAUUUUAAGAAAAUCGGAUAAACCUAAAGUAUUCCAUUUAGGUAAAUCUGAAGAAUAUAAGAAAAAAUCUGACGAAUAUAUGAAGAAAACUCAAGCAUAUAAAUGUCUUGGAAAGGAAGAUCCAUUACCAGAUUUAAUCCAAAGAACAAAUGGAUAUCUAUUACAUCUUCGGUUAGCUAAAUGGAUUACUCAAAAACAAUAUGAACAAUUAUGCAUUAAUCCAAAUGAAGUUGAAUUAGCUCAUUUGUAUUAUUUACCAAAGGCCCAUAAACAAGAUACUCCUAUUCGUCCAAUAGUCUUAGGCUUAAAACAUUCAACAGUUAAAAUAUCUAAAUUUCUUGAUGAUUUACUUCGACCACUUUUUGUGUACUCAAAAAGUGAGUACACUACUAAAAUCGGUCUGUGUGUCCGUCCGGCCGUCCGGCCGUUUACACGAUAA